GUUGGGUUGGGCUGCUGGAGGAGGGCUUCACUGUGGGCUGGAGCGGGCUUGCGCUCAGAAUGGGGAAGGCGUCGUGCGCCCCAUUGCGCAGCGUUGUGCGAUUGGAACACUCCAGCGCAGCACCCAGCUACACCCGCUCGACCACCGCCCGUGUUUGGUCCAUAUUCUCGCGUACUGACAUUCCUUUCUGCAGACUAGGCAGCAAUGGCCCCCACGAAGAGCACCAAGGGUAAGCAGGCAACGAAGGCCUCCUCGAAGGAUGGCAAGGCCAAGGCAGCGAAGAAGGCCGCGCUGCACGGCACGCAUGCGCACGCCCCGCGCAAAGUGCGCUACUCCGUCUCCUUCCACCGCCCCAAGACCCUCCGCCUCCCCCGCGAGCCCAAGUACCCCCGCAAGUCGAUUCCUCAUGUACCGCGGAUGGACCAGUUCAGGACGAUCGUCUCGCCGCUGAACACGGAGAGCGCAAUGAAGCAGAUUGAGGAGCACAACACGCUCGUGUUCAUCGUUGACCUCCGGUCAAACAAGCGUCAGAUCAAGGACGCGGUGAAGAAGUUGUACGACGUGCAGGCCGCAAAAAUCAACACUCUGAUCCGGCCCGAUGGCAAGAAAAAGGCAUACGUCCGCCUGACAGCAGACCACGAUGCCUUGGAUGUGGCGAACAAGAUUGGCUUCAUCUAAAUCCCCCGUGGCAUCUCUGCCUCCCUCCGUGUCCUGGCUGUGUGCGCCGCUGCAUUGCUGCCUGUCCUCCUCUUCCUUGCAUCGAACCGGUGUUGUCAUGUUGUGUAUGCAUCUAUCCAUGCCUACGUACGAAACCAGCUAUGCUAUUCUUACAUGAGAAAGUGACUGUCGCCGGGCUGUAUGACAUCAGACGCGAACGUUGUGGCGAGGGAAUGGAGGGUCGAGGCCCUGGCGAAAGCGCGG